AUGGCGAGCGCGGAUGUCCUCCUACACCCUGAUACGGACGUGAACACGACGGCGACGCUCCUAUCGACACGACGCCGACCGCCCAAACCCAGCGACUCGACGCUGUCCCCAGCAUCGGGCGCCCCAUUGUGGGGGGUAGUGGGGUCCACCAGCUACAAAUACCCAUGCCCCAUCGCAUGGACCACACUCAAGUUACACACGAUCCGUUGUUGGUCCUGUGACCCUCCGUCGCUAAACCGCUCUAAGUCGGCAGUGAAAAUUUGCUAG